AGAAGCAUCUGUUCUUUGCCGUCACCACCUACCGCUGAUAACUCCAUCUCUUCUUCUUCCCCUUCCCCUCUCUCUUUCCCCUUCUCUAUGUCCCAUUCCCCUCCUCCACUACAAAUCAUCCAAGGCGCCUCCUUUCUUCUCCUAAAAUUAGGGUUAGGAUUUCAGGGGAGGAGCUACGCCCUCCGCAGAGAGCACCGCCCCAGCUCAGAUCCAAGGCGUCUCCGGCCCCCCACCGACCGUGUAGUCUCUUCUUCCGGCCGCCGCGCUCCGCGGGAUCUGCUCCCCUGGGGCAAUGGGGCUGUAGAACCUGGCGUCUCGGGCGGCGCCUUCUUCCCUCCGGUGGGUCGGUUCUAGGGUUAGGGGGUUCCGUUUUGGGGAAGCGGGUGCGAGGAGAAGAGGGGAGAGGAGGGAAAGGUCGAGUCUUUCCGGAGAUCUGUGGAUUUGAGGAAAUUGGCUAUUGGAAACAUGUCGUCACCCUCUCUGAAAGGACAUCUAUAUGAGAAAACUUUUCUCUUUGGUCUCAAGUUAUGGGUUGUAAUUGCAAUUGGUGUUGGGGCCUUUAUGUUGGGUGUUCUGUCUGUCCUAGUUAUAUGCCUUAAUGCUCGGAGUCGGAGGAGGUUAAGAAGGGCUUCCAAUAACCUUCCUGUCACCCAAAUCCCAUCAGUUUCAAAGGAAAUCAAGGAAGUGAGGGUGGAGCAAGUCUCUGCUAAUGACUUUGUUGCUCGUGACGGGAUUCUGCUCACAAUUCAUGAUAAGUCUGAUGAAAAGGAGUCAGAUAAGAUGAUGGUUCAUUUGGGAUUGGGUAAAUCAAGACAUGCAGACGAAAACAGUAAUUCCGGUUCAUUUCAUUAUGUGGAGAAAGAUUGUGGCUCCCAAUCUGGUGAAGAAGGAAGUUCAGGGACAGUUGCUGUUUACAGACAAUCUUCUUCUUACCCAAUAACUGCCCCUUCUCCUUUGACAGGCCUUCCAGAAUUUUCUCACCUUGGCUGGGGUCACUGGUUUACUCUGAGGGAUUUAGAACUUGCAACCAAUCGAUUUUCAAGAGAAAAUGUACUUGGGGAGGGGGGCUAUGGGGUUGUUUAUCGUGGUCAACUUAUCAAUGGUACUCCAGUAGCUGUCAAGAAGCUUCUUAACAAUCUGGGGCAAGCUGAGAAGGAAUUUAGAGUGGAAGUUGAGGCUAUCGGUCAUGUCCGCCACAAAAAUUUAGUUCGCCUUUUGGGAUACUGUGUGGAGGGUACUCAAAGGAUGCUAGUUUAUGAGUAUGUGAACAAUGGAAAUCUAGAACAAUGGCUUCAUGGAGCUAUGCGUCAGCGCGGUUCACUUACUUGGGAAGCCCGUAUAAAGAUCCUUCUGGGCACAGCUAAGGCUCUUGCUUAUUUACAUGAGGCCAUUGAACCAAAAGUAGUGCAUCGAGACAUCAAAUCCAGCAAUAUUUUGAUUGAUGAUGAUUUCAAUGCUAAAGUAUCAGAUUUUGGUUUAGCCAAGCUGCUCGGUGCUGGUAAAAGUCAUAUCACUACUCGAGUUAUGGGAACCUUUGGUUAUGUAGCACCAGAAUAUGCAAAUACGGGACUUCUAAAUGAAAAGAGUGACAUUUAUAGCUUCGGGGUUGUUCUACUAGAAGCAAUUACAGGGAGGGAUCCUGUGGAUUAUGGUCGCCCUGCCAAUGAGGUGAAUCUAGUUGAUUGGCUUAAAAUGAUGGUUGGCAGCAGGCGCUCAGAAGAAGUGGUGGAUCCAAGUAUAGAGACAAGGCCAUCUACUAGAGCUCUGAAACGUGCCCUUCUGACAGCCCUAAGGUGUGUUGAUCCAGAUGCAGAGAAGAGACCAAAGAUGGGUCAGGUUGUCCGGAUGCUGGAAUCGGAUGAGCCGAUACCACGCGAGGAUCGAAGGCAUCGGCGAAAUCGGUGUGGGAGCACAGAAAUAGAAUCCCAAAGGGAGAACUCUGACACAGACAAAAGCGACAACCCAGAUUCAAAGCCCGUUGGCACAAGGAACAGACAAUCUUCAACCACAUGAGGUGUCAGGAAAAUUAGGAGAUGUCUCCAUGUCUAAUUGUUCUAAUUGCUCGCGCUCUUUAAAUCUUCUACUUUACUGGGCCUCUACAACUUAUCAUUCUCAUACUCGGAGACAAUGACCAGAGUUCAGUUCAAGGGCAACUUGAGAAUCCUUGUACUUCCACCUUAUUCCAUAUUUUUCAUGUAGAGAGAAUUAUUUUGGUGUAUGUAUGGUGCUUCAUAAUACUUUAAACAGUGUGUGUACAGGUUUUAGCUUCAUGAGGAUUGCGAUGUUUUUCUAAACUGGGAAAUUGUUUUGUGAAUGUGAUUGUAGCUGAAGAGAAUGAAGCCGCCAUUAUAUUCAAAUCUAUUAGAGAAAAUUUUCUUUCCCAUGC